CCUUAACGUGUGGUCUGCAACCUGCGACAGUGGCCUACCCCGCGAACAUAGACUCAAUUCACUGCACAUUGUACACCACGUCCAGCGAGCGUUGUUUUUACGAUCGGAUAUUUCUCCUUUGUCAUAAACUUAGUCUCCGACAUUCGUGUUUUCAAGUCCCAAAACAUGAGUUCUACUGUUGACAUUGCUUCCUCGUUCAUCGAGGGAGCUCCCCCCGGAGAGCUUACUGAAGUCAUAAACGACAUCAAGGCCCUUACUGCCGAUGGUCCGGAUAUUAUCCCUUCACUGGAACCUGCUUUCAAGAAAUACAACGAAACACAAUUGGCGACAGUCAAACUGCCUGGGAGCAGUCAGGAGGUGCUCGUGAGUGAGUUCAACAGACUCGACGGAGAUCGAUACUAUGAUAUUGAGACAUCGACAUCGUUUGAAUUCGAUCAUGUUACCCAAAGAGCUUCCGGUGCUCAGUCAUACCCACUCGAUUCUCAAAAUGCCGAUCUAGUGAAAUCCCUUCUCAAAUCCCUCUCCACCCACGCCAAAGAACACUACCCCAGCUCCUCUUACGGCGUGUAUCCCAUCGAGAAUGAUUCCGCGGUUGCCAUAGUGUUGGUCGCCAACAGAUACUCCCCUAACAACUACUGGAACGGUCGCUACCGCGCUAUCUACCAAGUCCCCGUUUCAUCCUCCUCCACUACCAUCACAGGGAACAUCUACGUCGAUGUGCAUUACUACGAAGACGGUAAUGUUGCUCUGAGCAACAGCAAGCCCGUCUCUCUUUCCGUCCCCUCGCUAUCCGCUGAGUCCAUUAUCUCCAAAAUCGCCGCCGCCGAGCGCGAUCAUCAGGAAGAGCUCAAUCGUGGAUUUAGCAGACUGGCUGAAGGCGCGUUCAAGAGUUUGAGACGACAGCUACCCAUCACCAGACAGAAAGUUGAGUGGGAGAAAGUCGGAGGAUACAGGCUUGGUCAGGAUAUUUCUGGUGGUAGAGGAAGAUGAUUUGUUUGGUUUUGAUGAAUCAUGAUUUGUUUUUCUCUCGCUGUUAUCUGAUUUCUUCUAUAUGCACAUAUAAUGUAGUCAUGUUCGUGACAAUUUUCCUGUUUCCCAGAUAGCUGGGAGUUGUAGAUGAGGUUGAAGCGAUUACA